AUGAAGAAAGAAACAUGGAAAAAGAGAAGAAAUCGUGACCUAAGAACGUGCACGUUCGUUUUCCGCUCGAGACAAGGCGACGCCCUCCCCGAAGGUGCGCUAAGAAGGUGCGAAAGAGGGACCGGAGAAGGGAGGUUGGAGAUUCGCGGUAUAUCCGCCAGGGAUUCCUUACUCCUAUAUAAGACGCGGUACAUCGUAUUUUGGAAUAUUAUCGUACUCUCUGACUGCAAACCAGACAGAUACACGAGCUCCAAGAUGUUCAAGCUGUUGUGCUUAGUCGCCUUCCUGGCAUACGCUGCGGCUGCGCCCGCACCCGCACCCGCACCCGCACCCGCGCCAGCACCCGGAGCGAUCAUCAGCCCUCUUGUGACAUCUUACAACGCUCCCCUUCUUUCCGCACCGUUGGCUUACAGCGCUUACAGCGUACCGUCAUACAGCGCGUAUUCGGCGAUUCCGUACGGAUCGGCCUUGCCGUACGGAUAUAAGAGCUACGCGGCCUUGCCAUACGCCUUGUAAGAGCUAUGCGUAGCCCAUGUGGCCUAAUCGGAGGUAUGCAUCGGAGGACCAGGCAUCGCAGAGACCAAGGACUGAUCUUUAUGGAUAUUUCACAAACGAAUUAAUCAAAAUUAAAAAUCGCCCUCCAAAUGUCUUCGAAAAAUCGUGAAUCCCGCGAUUCGCCCUCUUCCCAUUUUCUCUUCAUUUCCCCCGUUUGAAUAAUUUCGUAUUUGCAUUCAAGAUUCAGAAUCAA